AUUUUUUUAUUUUCGGUUCAGUUUACAGGAAUGACCUGCUCAUUGAUAGGAACCACAUGAAUGUUUGUUUAAAAACAUGGCUUUUCGGUGUCUCAAAGACAGUUAUAUGCAGGAGUUUGACACAUCUGUCGUGUCUUGCAUACCUGCGGAAUUAAAACUAGAGAACAACGGGAAGAAAGAAAAUGUGAAAGGUUUUAAAGUGAAACUAAAAGACACCAUUCUGUUUCCAGAGGGAGGAGGACAGCCUGAUGAUCAUGGGACGAUCGGAGGUGUCUCUGUACUGCGUGUAAUGAGACAGGGUCCUGAGGCAGUGCACUUCAUCAGCACUGCUCUAGAGGAGGGACAGGAGGUCCACAUCAAGCUGGACUGGGAGCGGCGGUUUGACCACAUGCAGCAGCAUUCAGGACAACACUUGAUCACAGCUUUAGCUGAUACAAUGUUUGGAUACAAAACUACCUCUUGGGAGUUGGGCCGUCAGCGUAGCAGUAUAGAGCUGGACACAGCCACAGUGAAGCCUAGAGAGAUGGAGGCUUUAGAGGCAGCAGUGAACGAGAAGAUCCGUGCACACAUUCCAGUCGCUGUUCACCUGCUGUCCAUUGAUGAUCCUGCUGUAGAGAAGGUGAGAAGUCGUGGUCUUCCUGAUGAUCAUGCUGGACCCAUCAGGAUCAUUGACAUUGAGGGUGUAGAUGCCAACAUGUGCUGUGGGACUCAUGUGUCCAACCUCAGUCACCUGCAGGUUAUUAAGAUUCUGGGAACUGAAAAAGGAAAAAAGAAUAAAACCAACCUGAUUUUCUUAGUGGGCAACAGAGUGCUAAAGUAUGCUGAGAAGAGUUACAACAUUGAAAAAUCUCUGACGUCCCUUCUUAAAACAGGGGCAGAUGAACAUGUCGAUGCAGUGGACAAACUACAGAAGACGGUAAAACGUCUUCAGAAAUGUAAUCUUAUUAUCCUGAGGGAAAUGGCUGUUAUGAUUGCACAGAACUUCAAAAGCAAACCAGACAGAGGCAACUUCUUCAGCUUACACAACAAAGAUGGUGAUAAUGAGUUCAUGAACAUCAUUGCAAAUGAAAUCGGAUUUCAGGACACAGUGAUCUUCCUGACAGUGGGUGAGGAGAAGGGUGCAGGACUGUUCCUUCUUGCAGGCCCUGAGAAUUUUGUAACUGAAUUUGGACCUCGGGUCUCAGAGCUGCUCAAGGGUAAAGGAGCUGGAAAGGCAGGACGUUACCAGGGUAAAGCCAACAGUCUGGCGAAGAGAGCAGAAGCAGAGGUGUUGCUGCAGGAGCACAGCUGCAAACUCACCGCAGGAGAGGAGUAAAGAACUGACCUGAUACUUCCAACACAGAUUGACACACACAGUUGCAGUGAGACUGCUGAGCAAAUGGUCGAGUGAUGAUCCAGACUCAAGCAGACAAUGAUUAAAUUGUGAUUCCAUUCCACAGUGCUUGAAGCCUGAUAACUACAAUGAUCAGAGAUAACAUUACUUGAACGGUGGACUCUGUAGAGUUAAAUAAGUGUAUGAGAGAAUUCAUGUAGUUUAAUUGGAAAGGAAAAAGAUAUUUGUAAGGCUAAUCAUUACAAGAGAUUAUAAAUUGAUUUAUUGCUGUAUGUAUGAGUUGAACAUAAUUCAUGUGUGUUUUGUCUGUGGAUUGUACUUUGUGUCUAAGCAGAUAAGGCAUAGGACAACCAAAAAUGAGAAUUCUGUCAAACUCAGAUUAUUUUUUAUUAUUAUAAUUCCUCAAAUAAAAGGAUGUUUGGCAGUACAAAUCAUCGUGCGCUUUCAUUGAACAGAAAACUGGCUCGGAUAUUCUGCAAACAACAUGAGCACAAACGGAAGUCGGCAUGUUAUUUCCGAGAGUUCCGGUACCCUGAUUGGCCUCAUUAUGCUGACUCACCGAUGAGUAUCUUCUCCUAUCAGACAUUUUUGCAUCAGCCCAAGUGUUUACCUUGCCCUGUCAAGUCAGCAGCAUGGGAGACCUGGGUUCAGAUCCCGCACUGAAACCAAGAAGUAAUUGCGUUCAUAUAAUCAUUGACUAGCGAGAUUUGGAGGUUGCAUUUUUCCCCUCUAACACUAAAUUUUUACUCCACUGAUUGUUAGGUUUGGGUUGGGGGGGUAGAGUUUAAUAAAUAUACAGUCCUCUUCACUGUAUUACAGCCUGUACAGCUGAAAACAACUCGCUUCACAACUCGCUUUUGGCGCCACUCUGUGGAUAUUACACAUGGAAAGUGGAGCUCGCACGUGCCCAUACGCCCGACAACACUUAACACUUUGGCCAAUGGGGGUAGUGUUUCACAUUUUGGUAAGAACAGACCAAUUUUAGCAAAAGAAAAGUGAACCUACUAUUUCUGACUUCACUGUCAGAUCAGUCUGCUGCAAAACAUAUUUUGGGUUUCACAGACUAAAUUAAAUCAUACAGGUUUGGAAUAAUAUGAGGGUGAAUAAACAAAGAAUUUUCAUUUUUGGGUGAAGUAUUCUGCCAAGGUAGUUUUAGGUUUUAGGCCAAUUGCAUUAUAUUGGUCUCAGGGAUUGCUUUUAAUUUUGUUUUACUGGUCUCUGUUCUAUGUAUUUUAUUUAGAAAAUUACUGAAAGUUUCAUUUUUUUUUAAUUAUUUUUCUAAGUGCAUCACUUCAGGUUUCUAAAUGUCUGAUUUACUCCUUUACUUCUCUGAUUUAAUACCCUGCUAUACCAUAAAACUUGUACUAUUAAAAUAAUAUUUUAUUGCA